AGAACCGCUGCCGCAACGGCAUCAACUGCCAGUUCUGUCACCUUCCACACGAGCGGCGCAGUAGGGGCAGGGGCUGCCGGGGGCAUGGCACCAGCAAGCUGGCGGAAGCACAAGACCUCAAGGACGCCAUGCUCCCGGGCCUCAUGCGCCCACCGCCGGGGCUGGGAAGUGAGAUUGUGAUGCCCAAGAACCUCGGGAACUUUGAGCCAUGACCGAUUCCCGAACGCACCACCGGGACUGGACAGCCCGAAAGGUUUUGGCAUGACGCUGGCGGCUUUCAGUCAGCCGCCAACCCCACAGGGCGGGCAUCUGGCCCCCGCGCGCAUGGCCAUGAGCUUGCCGUCCACCCCCAGUGGGAAUGUCGGCGGGAGGUGCCUGCAACGCCCCGUGCCGCCCUUGUUGCCUCCGUCUGGCCCUCCGAGAGGGCUGCCGGAGGAUGAUGACAAGGCCCCGCCUCCGCCGGAGAACUCCCCGGGGGGCCUGGCCCCACUGACGCCUUCCAUGGCGCCGGGCGCCUUGCUGACAGCAGCGGCACAGGCCGCCGAGGCGGGUGGCGCCGCCAAGUUUGCUUCCCCUUCACUGAAUCGUGGGGCGCUGCUGUCUACACAGCCACCCCGCGCACAGGCAGAGAAGCGGCCAGGCGCAGAAGCACAGGGGCCUCCAGGCACCUUCUUCGCCAAAAGCGAAACCUACAGGCCUUCUCUCUCUACGACGCCGGCGACCAACUCACCGCUUCUCGGCACUGUGCCAUCAUCCAACGGAUCACUGCCGCGACUGCUGGGGAACCGCGGGCCGCCGGGUCUCCCACAUCCUGCAAAGGUUGAGGUUCCUAUGUCAUCUGAGCCGGUCCGCAUGGAGUGAUUGCCGAGACGGCCCAGACGGUUUUGCCCAGUUUAACUUGCCAGAGCUGCCAAGUUGGCAGCUAUGCUGCUCGACUUGGGCGCCAACUUUUCAUCCGUUUGCCUUGCACUGUAUCGCUGGCUCGCACUGAGAAUUCGAUGCAGAUGCACGCACAGCGUAGCAGAAAGCUGCCUUUAGCACGCAGAAGUCGUGGAAAAAGAAUCUGUGCGGGGUAUCACUUCGGGUAGUUUUGUAGCGCCGAUGACUAAGGCCAUGCAUGACAAGCUCCCGAAAUGCAGAUUUUUCCAGCUGCCCCAAAGAGGAUUUGGCUGGAGAGUGACCUGAAAGGCCUCAGAGCAGUCGAAUUCCUGACGUCCAGUUGCCCUCAAAAUGAAC